CAUCCUCCUCCCGCCGCCAAGUCCCCCUUGGCCUCAUACCCGCCGCGCACAACUUCGCCACAUUCUUGAUCUUCGCCUGCACCCUCCUCUCCGCGGCCACCAAGAUUCGCGAGACGUGUGUGCGUGUGGCGUCGCUGCACCAACAACUACAACACCCUCCAGUGGCUCCUCUGCUUCCCCAUCGACACUUUUCUCGUCGUUCUCCGCCGCCUAGAGCUCUCCGUCUUCACUGUCCUCAACCAGUCCUUCCUUCUCGCGACUUCCUCCCUCUUGCUCGAAUUCUCCCAGUCAUUCCAUAUUCUCGUGGGAAUCUGAAACUAUUCUUGUUGCUCUUGUACUCAAUCUUCCAUUCCAAUGUCAACAUAUGCUUCAUGAUUCCGAUCACAAGAGACUCCGACGGUCGUUUGGUGGCCAGAGAAGCAUACUCGGUUACGGAUUGGGGGCAGAACUCGGGCCCGGAAAACAUGCCUGAACCCACUAGAUGCCAACUCUAUUUUAGGGGUGGGCAACCGGUUUGGGUAAACCCGAACCGACCCAAAACUGAAUUAAACCGAACCAAAAACGAAAUAAUGCUAUUUGGUUCGAAAUCGGGAAGGGAAAUAUGGUUAUUUCGGGAACAAGAGUUCCUUCAACCGAAUCGAAAUUCUGAAUUUCCGACCGAAAAAUCGAAUUACUAUAAUUGCAAGCUCUAAAUGGUGGAUUUUUAUGUUUGUACUUGUUUUGAGACUUAAACAUUUGAAUCAUGUUAGUGUUUUAUGACUUUAUGUGUUGAAAUGUUUGAUUUUAUCAUUGAUGAGGCAUAUAAUUGCAUAUUAAUUAGGUAUUAACCUAAAAAAAAUUCGAGCCAAAACUUAGGCCAAACUUCAUACUAAUUGGGUUUAACCUAAAAAAAAAAAUCGACUCCUCCCACCGAAAGAGAAAGAGAAAAGCAAGAGGAGAAAGAAACAAAAUUCACCCGCGUCGUCCUCUUCUUUGUCCUCUCUCGCUCUAGAUUUCUCCUCCCAUCAAAUCACCAAAACCCACCUGUAAAUUCGCUAACUUUCUCUGUGUAACACUUCCGCCUUUCCUCUUUCUCUCUCUUUAAUCUCUCCGGCUGCAAUUUUUCCUUCUCCGGGCAGCUCUGCCAUUUCACUGAAAUUGGCGUUUUUUUGCCGCUGGGGAAUGGAGAGCUUGUAGAUCCUUUACCACCAAAGUUGGAUCUAUUAAUGCCUACCCCUGUUCCCAUUGUAAGUUGCCCUUUCUGGGGUUUUCUUCUCUUCAGCUGAAAAGUUCGGUCUGCUGUGAAUUUUAUGCCUUUCGUGGAAGGUAGAUUGGAGCAGAAAGGUUAAACGUGAAACUGUUGAAUUUCUUUGGAUGCGGUGAUUAGUUCUGUGAAUUCUGUUGAAAGAGGGAUUUCUUUCUUAUACAUGUGUUAGUUUCUUUUCUGGGUUUUGAGUGAUUUUAGUUUGCUGUUAUAGAUUAUCUGAAUGCAUUGCGAUGAUGUUGAGUUCCAAUGUCAGAUCAACUAAAUUUCAGAUUAGCUGGUGAAAGUUGAGAUGAACUUAUGCGUGCGGUCUUGCUAAUUCUGGUCAAUUACUUGCUCUUCACUGAGUUAAAGGAAGUGCCAGGAAUUGCAUGUCAUGUUCUUUUUCUUGAUUGUGCCCAAGCUUACUAGUUCCGAACCUGUCUCUAUUUAUCUGUUUGUUGUUAAAAUAUGAAGGUGGUUAAAAUUUUAAAGGAAUUUGGUUCACAGCAUGGAUAGUGUUAUGCCUAUGGGGUUGUGGAAAUGUUGACACCUGAACUACUACCAUGAGCCAGGCCGAAGUACCAAGGGCGAAGCCACCUCUUGUUCCACUCGCAACCUUAAUUGGUCGUGAGCUAAGGAACGAGAAGCUUGAGAAACCUUUCGUGAAGUAUGGACAAGCUGCUCUUGCAAAGAAAGGGGAGGAUUACUUCUUAGUAAAAACCGAUUUCCAAAGGAUUCCUGGAAACCCGUCUUCUUCGUUUUCUGUCUUCGCGAUUUUCGAUGGACACAAUGGCAUCUCGGCGGCCAUUUUUGCAAAGGAGCACUUAUUGGACAAUGUCUUAAAUGCAAUUCCUCUAGGAGCUAGCAGAGAAGAAUGGCUUCAAUCCCUUCCUCGAGCACUAGUUGCUGGUUUUGUGAAGACUGAUAUAGAAUUUCAGCAGAGAGGUGAAACCUCUGGAACGACCGUGACAUUUGUUAUCAUUGAUGGGUGGACGAUUACUGUUGCCUCUGUCGGGGAUUCUCGAUGCAUAUUGGAUACUCAAGGAGGCAUAGUAUCCCUCUUAACGGUUGAUCAUAGGCUUGAAGAGAAUGUCGAAGAGAGGGAGCGUGUGACUGCAAGUGGUGGAGAAGUUGGAAGACUCAAUAUAUUUGGGGGUAAUGAGGUUGGUCCGUUACGGUGCUGGCCUGGUGGGUUAUGCCUAUCGAGAUCAAUUGGUGACACUGACGUCGGGGAGUACAUCGUUCCAAUACCACAUGUUAAACAAGUGAAGCUCUCGAAUGCUGGUGGAAGACUUAUCAUUGCUUCAGAUGGUAUCUGGGAUGCCUUAUCUUCUGAUAUGGCUGCCAAGUCUUGUCGAGGUUUACCUGCAGAGCUUGCUGUUAAGUUAGUUGUUAAGGAGGCUUUAAGGUCAAGGGGCUUGAAGGAUGAUACAACAUGUCUUGUUGUUGACAUCAUUCCAUCAGACCGUCCUAUCUUACCCACAACACCCCGGAAAAAGAACAAUAUGCUCACUUCACUCUUCAUUGGAAAGAAAUCUCCGAGUUCUACUAACAAGGCAGCGAAUAAGCUUUCAGCUGUUGGUGUUGUCGAAGAGUUGUUUGAAGAGGGUUCCGCCAUGCUUGCAGAGAGACUGGGGAAAGAUUUGCCUUCAGACAGAAACGCUGGCCUCUAUAGAUGUGCUGUCUGCCAGGUGGACCAAACGCCAGGAGAUGGUUUCUCAGUGAACUCGGGUCCUUUUUUUGCACCUGGAUCAAAGCUAUGGGAAGGUCCCUUCCUGUGCACUAAUUGUCGGAAGAAGAAAGACGCAAUGGAAGGGAAGCGGCCAAGCAGACACACAGUGACUGUGUAAGCAAAGCAAAGCAAUUCAAUCAAUGUCUGGUAACAAUAGUACAUAACCGCCAAAUGUUAUUUCUUUUUUUCCUAGACGGGAGCAUGCUUGAUUUCUUUUUGUUGCGAGCUUCUCGUAUUGAUUUGUAAUCCAAUGUGUAAGAAAUGAGUAGGGUUUUAGAUGGAAUAGGUACUUUGAUCAUUUUCCUUUGUUUUUCCCCCAGUCGUUUGAGCUGCCGUUGAUGAUGCCUGGUUUGUGCCCUCACCCUUUGUACCAGAGGACUGAGUUCGCCUUCUGUCUGGACAGAUAGAGAUGUGGAUUUGUCUUUUGUCAUAGUUUGGUUGAUUGAAUAGCUAACAGCUUGAUGAAGAAUUUGUAAGUAAAGAAUUUGAAGGACGAAAUUGCUUUUGCUGACAUAUUUUUACCACCAUAGCAUGCAGAAAGCGUCCUCCUUUGGCUUGAAUUGGGAAGACACAAGCCAAUAUUAACAUCAUAAUUCUUUCACUCGAUUCGUUACAUCAUAGUUCGGUUUUUAACGAUUUUACCAGUAAACCUAAAACUAUUAGUGUCACCAAUAUGCUAGUGGUUGCUCAAGAAAGCCUUCUUCAAUGAGUUGCAGCUCUGCUUUAGACAGCCUUGUCCAAUGAAUAAACAUAAUACAC